AUGUUCGAAGCGAGACGCGAUCGCCUCCCAAUUCCCGCCGGAGGCCUCGGUUUCGGCUUUUUCUGGUUCCGCGGCGGUCUCGCCUUCCACUUGUGCUUCUGCCUCGACUUCGCUCACGCCUUGGAGCGCGCUUUCUCGUCGUCUCCGAGUUGUUUCCUGUCUCCUGCUUCGUGCUCGCCGUUCUUUUCUGCCUCCUUCCCGCCUCCCGUUCUCCUGCCUUUCAAGCGAAACAAAAGCGAAACUCUGAUCAUCGGGGAUAGUCCCAGUUCUUCUCCGGAGAGGCGCGAUAUCGAGGACAGCAGCGGCUCUCUUGGUGCACGAGGCGCAGAGUUUGCCGCGGAGGACAGAGGCCCCCCGAAGGCGGACCGCCCGGCUUCGCCUGCGUCGCCCAGGGACACCGAUCACAUCGCCGUGGGAAUGCGCUCUUCGCGAGUAGUGGGCCAUUCGUCGUUCCCCGACGAAGAAUGCAGUUCACUCGCCACUGAGCACUUUUCGUUGGGGUCGUCUUCUGCGCAAGUCGCCUCAUGCAGAGGGGACACGACCAGCUGCACGCGGUCUCCGUCCGUGUCGCACGGUCAUGCGACUCCCUCCGUCUCGUGUCCCCGCUGUCAGUUCCCGGACCUCUCGUCCUCUCACGCGUCGUCUGCCUCCGCCUCGCGGCGCCUCUUGCACACAGUUGACCCAACCACGGGGACGAGUCCUCCGUGCCGUUCUUCUCGCGCCGCUGCGCCGGCCUCUGCGCGCUCACCCGUCGCUUCGCUCUCGAGCAGGAAGCUCGGCUCAGGGGGCAUCCUCAGCUUGACCUCGCCUCGGCCUGCCGCGCCGCUGCCGGCGUCCUGCUCUGCGGGCCUCGCGUCCGGGGCGCAAUCCCUGGCGUCCGGCUCGAAGGCGUCGAGCGGGCGGCUGCGCGGGCGGGGUGCGGGCCUCGGGGCGGGGCGAGAUCCGAAGCUGUCUCCUUCUUCGCGCCUGCUUCACUUUGGGCGGUCCAGAUCGCCGCUCCUGUCUCCCUCUCACAGCAACGCUGCGCGCAGCAUUCUCUUGCCUUCGUCUGUUCGCACGACAAAGAGUCGACUCGGUCGAGACCCGCUCAAGCGCGGCGCGAAUGCGGCCUCGAGUCUGCCGGCCUCGGGCGCCUUGCGCGAGACGCGCUCGCCUGUGGCGGGGCGCGGGCGCGGCCGACACGGGAGCGGCCUCCAAUCGAGUCUCUGCAGUUCCGUGCGCGGUUCUCGCGGGGCAAGUUACCAGUCGAGUUGGUACACGGCCGCUGGACUGGGCUCGUCGGAUGGAUCGAGCGCGCCGUCGUCGCCUCGCAGGAGAGAGGCAAGGAGUUGGGGAGACGCAGGCGAAGACCGAGAAGACAGCGAUGGCGAAUACCUGCGUAGACCAGGGAGCAGCCGGGGGGAACCGUUCGCGGUCACGGGGGAUGACAAACGGCGUGCGCGGUCUGCGCGAAGAAAUGGAGGGAAGCGUGAUGUGGACGAGGCAGAGGGCGUGAGGUGGGGUAUGCGCGAAGGACGCGGGGACGAGCGAGAUGAAAGGAAAGCGGAAAGAUUGGAGAGGGGGGACAGAAACAGUCGACGAGAGAGAGAAACACACGCUGCGGCGAUUGCCGCGGCAGCCGUCGAAGGCCGAGGAGACGUCAGCCUCAUGGGGGAGUCCAGCGACAGCCUCCUGACGGUUCAGAGGUCGCGCUUCAGCGGCGUGUGCAAGUGGCUGCAACACCGGUUCUACGGUCGUGGAGAGUUGGAGCGUUUGUGUGGCGAGUACUCUCCCCAGGAGGUCGAGCGCGUGGUUCUGCAGAGCAAAGCGCUCUCCGUGGAAGAUAAGCAGCGCCUGAUCUUUCUCACGCGCCCCUCCGCGUUCCAAGAUCGCCGGUGCGCGAGUCUGUGGGAGAGCAAGGCUUCGUCGACGUCGGGCCUCUCCCUGGAGUCCUGCCGCCGGUCAAGCGAGGCUUCGUACCCUUCUCGGGCCAACGGGCGCUGGGGAUCUCCGCGGGCGACUGGUUCGGUCUCGAAGGGUUCGACUGGCUACCCGGACCGGGAAAACUCGGCUGGGAAGAUCCGCUCGGCUGUUGCGUUCGGGGGGAGUCGGGGUCCGCGGGAAAAGGGAGGGGACGCGAACCAAGCCGGCGUGGAGAGCGACAGAGACAGAGACGCGCCGCGAUGGACCCGCUACCCGGCGUGCAGGCGCGGAGACACGAGCGGUGAGGACCAGGAGACGCCGGAGGGUUGGCCAGUGGACGGCGAGGACGAGAGAAACGCGAUGGCCCGGCCGUUGCGGAAGUCCGGGAACGGGGACCCCAGGAGCGCCAGGGGCGGCCGCAAAGCGCGGGAGGUUGGAGGGCGGAGACAGCGGUCGUGCUCACGAGAGGAAGGGAAACGGGAACAGAGUCGCGCCCGACUCGUGGAGGAAGAACUCGAGAAGGAGACGCAGGAGACAGAGCGGGUGUGGGGUCGUGAUAACGAAGAACGCGCCGUUCUCGAGGAGUGCGUUGAGGAAGUCCAGAGAAAAAAGCUGGUCCGAAACGCAGGCGUCUUUCGAAUAGGCUUUCUUCGCAACCUUGCGGCCCUCCGCGGCGUCACGUUCGCGAUCCAGCACUUGGGGAGUCUCCAGCGGAAGUCAGUGGACAGCACCGACGUGAGAAACCAGGAGAAAUUCUCUCGGCUCUGGGGUCUGUUGAUGCCCAACCACCGACUUCCUGGGCGGAUUUGUAAAGAGUGGAAGGAACUCGGCUUCCAGGGCGAAGAUCCAGCGACGGACUUUCGAGGCUGCGGCGAGCUGGGCCUCGACUCCCUGGUGUUCCUCGCCUCGCGGUUCCCGUGUCACGCGCGGGGCAUGCUCGAGGCUUCGCGGCACUCCACGUACUGGUAUUCGUUUGCCAUCACGUGCAUCAACGUGACGUCGUGGCUCUGCGAGUGGGUUUUCCAGCGGCGCGCGCAUGUGGUCUCUUUCUUCUUCACGACGCACACACCCGAGGCGGUCGAGUUGACGUUCCACUACUUGUUUGUGCACGUCUUCACGCGCUUCCACGCGUUCUGGUUCCUCAAGAAGCCGAGCUCGAUCAUGGAGUUCCCCUUCGUUGCGGGUGCCUUCAAGAACGCAUGUGUCCUGCCUUCUUCGCUCCCUGCGUGUGCCUUGGUGUCGCCCCGCGGCGUCUGCAACUCGGACGAAAACCGAAACGAGGCCUGGUGCUACGCGGCUGCGCUCAAGGCCUACCAGCGGAGCAGCCAACUUCCGGAGAGACCGGCCGCCGAGAGAGGCACGAAGCGGAAGAAGGGGACCGACCGAGACGAUUCGGCCUUCGCAGUGCCGCAGGAGGCCCCAGCGCGCGCGGGGAGGGACAUCGAGAACGGCAGAGAGAGCGAGAGAAACAGUGACGGAGACCGCGAGAGAGACAGCGAGGGAGCGAGCGAAAAGAAGGGGGAUCGGGGGGAAGGAAUGCAGGGAAGGGGAAGAGCGAUGAAGACGCACAGAAUCGAAGACGAGGGAGGCCGAGCGUCUUCGAGUUCGCCUGAGGCUCGGGAACCCGGGGCCGCUUCAGUGUGGCGCCGUCGACGGACGGAGGGGAGCGCGGGUCUUGGAGGCGAGAGCAGACGAGAGCGGGGAAGAGAAGCGGCGAAGGCGUCGGCGAAAGGAGACAGAAGCCAAGAGCGUUGCCAUAUGCGGACCGAAGAAACGUGGAACGUCUCCGAGCGAACGCAGGCAGCCGCUUUAAGCAGCCGCCGCCUGCGCGCGACUUUCUCGCGGCCCGCCGGAGACGUUAGGGGCGCCCCAGAGAGCGAACGCGUCGCCAAGAGCCUUCCGUCGGCGAGUUCAAAGACGUCGACUGUGUCUCCAAAGUACGUUAUGCUGAGAAAGCUGAGAAACAGUUCAAAGUCGCAGGAGAGCGGACCUAGCUCGUCGCGUCUCCUCGCUUCGGCCUCCACCUGCUGCUUCCGGAGCGGUUUCCGCGUUGGUGGCAGGCUCACGUAUCGGCGGUGUCGCCGAGAGGAAGUCAAGGGCAGUGAAGGGGAGGAAAACGCAGAGGAGAACAUUGAAGACGAGACAGAAGACGAGGACGGAGGGGAGCGAGGAUGCGAAAAAGACGAGCACGUGGCGGGGCCGCACCUUGGAGACUGUCCAUGCUGCCGAGGCUGGGUCUGGUCCCUUUCGCACGUCGCCCUGUCGCUGGAAGCCAGCUCAGUAGGAGGCUCUCCGAGGUACACGAGAUUGCGGCAACGUCUUUCGACGCGGAAACGAAGAGACGAGAAUGAGGAUCGAGGUGGGCGCGUGGGCAGCGCGUUUUUCUGGCGCAGCCGAAGCGUGAAACACGUGCCGAGCUACUUACAGAAACGCGGAGACAAGGAGGGGCCGAAAGCAACGCCCAGCUACGAGUCGAAUCGAUUCAAGCUCCCGGGGCUGUCCGCCACCGCCCGGCGGGCAGCCGAGAAGCGGCCUCCGUCGAAGCAGUCGUCUGCCUCUCCACAUUUCCGUCGGCUUCUUUCUUCUGUUGUCAGGAAGACAGAAGGGUCAUCGAGAAGAGCGAACGACCCAGCGCGACUCGAAGCACGACAAGAAAGCGAAGGGGAGACACGUUACGCGUCAGCCCGCGAAGGGACUCGAGCCGUGCAACGAGAGCAGGGAGGCUCUUCGCCGUCUUCCCUGUCGUCAGACGGGGAGAGGAGAGACAGCGCGUGGAGGAACGAAGCGGAGAGACAGCGGGGAGACAGGGACGGUUGGCAAGCGGCAUUCGCCUUUGCGAACGACGAAGACGGGUUGCGGCGACAGAGGGAGACCGAGACGAACAGCAAGAGCCGGCGGUUGUAUCGCCAAUUAACCAGUACCUCGCGAUCGUCCCGGAACCGCUCGCCUUCGUCUCGCCGACACGACACAGAAGAUACGAAUGAAGAAGAGAACGAGAUUUUGCUGUCAUCCGAACAUAGUGUUGGAGAGGAUCGAGACUCGGUCAGCAGCGGAGACGAGGAAGAAGACGCGCGCCAGGGCUUGAAUCGGCGUGCUGGAGCUUCGAGCUCGGAUCGGGCUUCAUCCCCUGGCCGCGAAACCGACGACGUAACCCCUUCCCGCGGAACAGGAGGCCACUCAGUCGACAGCCUGCGCCUGUCGGGGGGGUGUGCUCCAUACUGCUCGUUUUCCCAUGGCGUCCCGUUGCAUAACGAUCCGCACCCACACGGGCUUCCGGCCCCGCCUCUCUCCCGCGUGCUCUCUCCGCCCCAGAGUCUAUCCGCUAAUCCCCCUCGGGGCGGCUCCGCGGCCUCCGCGGCCUCUUCUUACUUCCCGUACCCAGCUUCAAGUGGGCCCCGAGAGAGCGGGGCAAGAGACCCGUGGGGCCCGACGAGCAGCGCCCUGGCGGGGGGCCGAGGGAGCGGCGGGCUUUAUUCCGGACCCAAGUCAGGCGAGUUUGCGGGGCCGAAAGCGGCCGACUGCGACAGGGCGAGCGGCCGAAAAGCGAACCUGAGUGAGAGCGUCACCCACGCGGAGGGCCAGUCGGUCGUAGGGGAACCUUCUGGAGCCCAGCAGCCGUUGUCGGCGUCGCUUGCUGGCGGAGGUGCGCCGAAUGGAAGCAGGCAAACCGUAUCUCCCUUUCUGCACGGAGGACGGGGGAUUUCAUCGCACUCACAGUUGUCGUCCUUCUCUUCAGCGUCCGCCGCAACUGCCUACUUUACACCCGUGCCUGGCCCUUCUUUACCAUCGGCGGAUCCCCAAGACGACCGCCGAUCGCUCCUCUCCCGAUUUGCUUCCUUGUCCACACAAAGCGUUUCGUCUUCUCCCCCAGUGCCUUUCUUCUCGCAAGCUCCGUCGACAGGGAUCGCGGGCCCCGGUAACCGUUCGUCGUCUUCGUCGCUCGCCUCUAAGUCUCGAGUGCAUCUCCAACGACAUCCCCCAGAGGGAGGAACUCCGUAUCUGUCUCAUUCUCCUCUCCUGUGUCGAGGGAGACGCGCGGGGGCUCCUGGCUACGCCUCCACCUCACAGGGGACUGUCGGGCCCACAACCGCUGGGGCCAGCUGGGAGACCCAGGAGACACCCGGAGGAGACACUCUAAAGGGAAGAAUCGGGGGACCGAAGGCAAAGGUCGAAAUGGGAGAGCCAUUUGAUCUGUUGUCUUAA